GUUCACCCUCGCACGAACGCAAAAAAUACCCAGCAUCAGCAACAUGGCGUAUUUUAUUAAUGGCUUUUAUCUUUUCCCCCUUCUCUCUCCGUCAACAGCGCACGAUGCAGAACUACGACUCAAUCAUGUCCGGUUCACUUCCGCAGCAGCAGCAGCAGCCCAAUGCCGGCGGUUGGUACGACAUGACCAUCAAAUCCGAACCUUUGGAUACUUCUAACGCCUAUGGUCAGCAAUUUACAUCACAUCACCACAACCACCAGCACCAUCAUCACCAGCAAGACACUCCAAUGUCCCACUCGAGCCCAACAUCCCCACAGAGCGUGGACAGUAUGGAUUCGUUGAGUGGGCGAAGUCAGUACUACGACGCUAAAUCCAACAGUAAUGGAUUGAUACACGGAUACAAUCCAUUGGGAUUCAAUCCCUUAACCCCACCUGGAUAUGCUGGAAUGUUUGUACCACAUCCGCAACAGCAACAACAACAGCCACAGCAGCUACCAAGGCAGACAACUCCAAAUCGUAACUACAGUAAACAGGACAGUGGAUACGUAUCAUCAACUCUCACACCGACCCAUACUCCACCGAUGGAUGUGACUCCGCCAAAAUCUCCCAAAGAUAUUGCGGAAACUCCCGAGAAAGAAGAAGACAAUGGAUCCGACUGUGGCGAUUCCUAUGAGGGCAGUGACGACGAGGAAGGAAUUCGUAAGCCAAAAAUCAACUCUCACGGAAAGGUCAAGAAAUUCAAAUGUAAACAGUGCGAAUUUGUAGCAGUUACUAAACUAAGCUUUUGGGAACAUACCCGGAGUCACAUCAAGCCAGAAAAGAUGCUAAGCUGUCCCAAGUGUCCCUUCGUUACCGAGUACAAACAUCAUCUCGAAUAUCACCUACGGAACCACCAACGAUCGAAGCCUUUCCAGUGCAGUAAGUGUAGCUACAGCUGCGUCAACAAAUCGAUGCUGAAUUCCCACAUGAAGUCCCACUCGAAUGUGUUCCAGUUCCGCUGUGCGGAUUGCAACUACGCUACCAAAUACUGCCAUUCUCUGAAGCUGCACCUGCGAAAGUAUGCCCACAAACCGGGUGUCGUGCUGAACAUGGACGGAACGCCCAACCCACUGCCAAUUAUUGACGUGUACGGAACUCGCCGAGGUCCCAAAACCAAACUGCCAAAAUCCGCUGGAGAUCUGAAAUCAGAAUCUCGUCAACCUCCACAAUCACCCGCUCAAGCUCCACUCACUCCUAUAUCACACCCACCGGUACCGAACCAAAACCCAUUCACUCCCCCGAGUGGAUCGAACCUAGCCAGAAAUCUGCUCCCGCACCAGCUACUCCAGAGUCCGCUGGCCAACAUGUUCAAAAACGCCGCCUCCAGCAAUCUCCCGCUAUUCCCGUACCUGAACCUCAAUUUCCAGAUGUUUGCCGACCAACAAGCCGCCAUCGCUCAGCUUUCACCCAACUUCCACCAACAAUUCUCCAACCAAUUCCACGACAAACUAAACAACGAAGAAUCCACCGAAAGUCCCUCCAAAAACAACCUAUCUCCGUCAUCUUCCUCCUCCAACAACACCACCAACCCGAACCUAAGUGACGAACUGCUAAAGCAAAUGACGGCCGCAGCAGCGGACAGUUCCAACCUCAAAGCCGAAUCACACUCAACGACGGACACCGAUAUGGACUAUCAAGUGAGCGAAGAUCUUCCACCGUCCAGUCGCGCUAGCUUCACCCCACAAACGCCUUCGACCAGCAGCGGUACUGGCCACGGCAAUGCCACCACCGGAGGUGGUAGUGGAAGCAAAAAUCGUCGCAAGGGUCGUGCCUUUAAGUUGGAACGAUUGAACGAUUUUGCGAAAACGUUGAAAACCGGCGUUGCCGGCGCUGCGAUGGAGAACUCGGAAGAUGAACACACGGAUGAAGAUCAACGGCGGGAGCAGCAGCAUCAAACCGUUGUUUCAAGCGGCGUCGUCAUCGGUAAGCAGUCCACGAUGACGGAGAAGACGCUAGUUGAAUCUAAAGAAUCAGCGGUCACUUUAGUUAGCAGUGCCGUGCAGACCACUCCGACGCGAUCCUUCGAGUGUAAGUAUUGUGACAUCAGCUUCAAGAACGAUGUGAUGUACACGAUCCACAUGGGAUACCACGGGUAUGACGAUGUGUACAAGUGCAACAUGUGCGGGGAGAAGAGCGAGGAUCGGAUUGGGUUCUUCCUACAUAUUGCUCGGAAGGCGCACUGAGAUCGGAUGGGGGCCUCAGGGUGACACGGCGGGAUUAGUUUUAAAACGGGG